CAGCUAUCUGAGGCAGCAGCAGUUCCCCUGCACUCUCCUCCUCCUGCAGGCUGCACUCUUACACACACGCGCUCGGAAAAAUACAAACAGAGCAACCCGCUCAAUCCAGAGAGAUACUGAACAGAUAUUUGUGUUUUUUUUUUAUUCUUUUACUUACAAUCUUCAGGCAAGUACUUACACACUCAGACAACUCAACUCUUUCAGAUUGCAAAAUCAUAUUCAAGCUACUUCCAUCCCCUCUUCUUGACCUCCAGACUUGUUUUGCUUCAGCAAAUCUUGCUAAAAAUAAGGACAAUGUUGCUCUGCAUUUGUGCCUCCCUCCUGCUCAUGACCACUUUGGUGCCGAGAACCAUCUGGGCAGCAGACUACAGUGUAAACUCUCACCAGCGUUGGGAUGCCAGAGGACCUCAGAGUCUUGGAUCUGAAUCGGGUCACUCAACCUCUUGCUCUGUGAAACUUCGACCUUCUGGCCAUUGUAGGAGCUCAGGAGUUGGGGCAGAUGACAGUGAGGAAUGCCCCUACCAGCUCACCUUGCCUCCCCUUACCAUUCAGCUACCCAAGCAGUUCAGGCUGCUGGAGAAGACUAUGAAGGAGCUGCAGAGCCUUAAAGAGGAGGUGAACAAGCUGAAAAGCGGGUGUCAAGAGUGUCUUAUGAAGCAGAGCAAUGUGGUCUUUGGAUAUCAGCAAGCAGACCAGGUACAGACACAGAUUCCCAUUCAAAGGGAUGCUGAGGAAGGGCAGGAUCUUCAGAGGGGGUCCAGCCAAGAGGAAAGGGGAGAUGGCAUGAUUUCUGGAGCUAAUUUGGAUGGUACCAGACUUGGUUCCAACUUUCGGAAAAUUACACCUAGCCCAAGUAAUAUCCAGGAGAUGCAGGUGAAACUGAAUAGGAUGUCCGCAAGCCUUCGCAACGCCAGGAGCCAGAUCUCAGCUCUGCAGGGUAGAUUGGAGGGACUAAACCUGCUCAACAUGGACAACGUGCAGGCAAUGGUGGACAGACAGGUGGAGAACAUCACCGGAACGGUCAACAAGCUGAGCUCCAGCUGUACUACUCAGUGCGCAGCACAGAACAGCCCCCAGUUUAUCAUAGCGCCUCGAGACUGCUCAGACUACAACGCGAUGGAGGUGAGGAAAAACGGCGUGUACCGUGUGACCCCUGACCCUCGCAAUGGAACAUUUGAGGUUUUUUGUGAAAUGGAGUCCUUCGGUGGGGGGUGGACUGUCAUUCAGCAGCGCGUCAAUGGGUCUGUCAGCUUCAACCGCACAUGGACAGAGUACAAGAAAGGGUUUGGAAACCUAAGAGGGGAGUUUUGGCUCGGCAAUGACCAUAUUCACCUGCUGACGAAGGCUAAAGACAUGGUGCUACGCAUAGAGCUGGAGGACUUUGAGGGAGUCCGGGAAUAUGCAAAAUAUGACCAGUUCUACGUGGCUAAUGAGUACUUACGUUACCGACUUUCCAUCAGCGGAUACAGUGGAACGGCAGGGAACGCCAUGAGUUUCAACAAGCACUUCAACCACGACCAGAAGUUCUUCUCCACCCCUGACCGUGACAACGACAUGUACCCUUCUGGAAACUGCGGUGGCUACUACAGCUCCGGCUGGUGGUUUGAUGCCUGCAUGUCUGCCAACCUCAACGGGAAGUACUACCACAAGAGGUACAAGGGCGUGAGGAACGGGAUCUUCUGGGGAACAUGGCACAACAUGACGACAGAGUACUACCCCACCAACUACAGGCAGGCCUUCAAGACCGUCAAGAUGAUGAUACGGCCCAAAAACUAUGCUCCUUAGGAGGACAGACACAUCUUUACCCAAAAGGAGGGGAAAAAAAUUAAUCCAUGAAAUUUAAAGUGAAUACAUUGUCCUUUAGCUAUUCACAUGCUUACAUAGACACACACAGACACAAAAAAGAUACGCUCUACAGAAAGUUUCACUGCAGUACUAACAAAACUCAGUGUGAAAUACCAUAUUACUGUCCACCAUCUCAUUUUCACUGAUGCAAGUGUGGCCUUUGAAAUCUUGGAUUAAUAUGAAAAUAAUAAUAAAGGAGGAAAAAUCAGCUGUGAAAAAUGACAGACAAAAAAAAAAAAACAGUAAAGGCCAGCCUUUUUCGGGUGCUGUAAUAUCCUACAGCAUAAUUUUUCACCAGUCCCUGACAUUUCUCCCACUUUCGUCCCCCUGCAUCCUGCUAUAAUCCCUGCUGAGCCUCAGCACAGCACAGCACAUACCAGUAGUAAAAACUAAUGAGCUAUCAUUUUCUCUGCUGUAAAUGAUUUCAUAAUUAACAACGACCACUCAAGUGAGGGAGCUGAUGAUGGAGUUUUGCCUCUGAAAUUACUCAUGAAAAACUUCCUGCUGGGACUGUUUAAUUACACUGGGGCAGUGUGGUAAUGUAUCAUUAUCCUAAAUAUUAUGAAUUUCCCCAGGGAGGAUAUGCAGCCUGACAGGUCUCCUCAUAGUUCGACUUGUAUGCGGGACACUUUAGGUUGCAGACUCUUGAUAAAUUGGGCUAGACACUAAACAACUUCAAUUAUUUUCUCUCAUCAUCCCUUGAUGCACUGCAGAGCUCCUAAUGUUCCACAUUUUUAACUUGCAGUUUCUCCUUAUCAACCAUAUGUACAAUACUGCCAUCUAGUGCUGAGAGACAGUAUAUCACCACACAUUUCAUUUUAUACACAUUGAAAGGCAAAGAUGGAGGGAAAAAAGAAGAAAUGUUUAUGUUUGAGGAUCUGUACAGUAUUUAUUUUACCCUGUUAUGUAUCAGAGCUUUUAUAUGAUAAUAUGUACUGCUGAUCAUGCAGUGCAAAGUCUAUUCACUGUUGACUGUGUAUAAUUGUGAACAUUCUAAGCAAAUCCGUGCAUAUUUGGACCUCUGUGCAUCAAUCAUACUGAUCUUUUCUAUUCAUAUUAAUCUGUCAUGCCAAAAUUGAUUCUACAUUUUUACAAUAAAAAAGAAGAAAAGAAA